UGUUGGAGAGGUAGGAACGAGAAGAGCUGAGAAGAGGCAGACCCGAAUAGUAGCCAGAAAUCCACAACACGUUUGGAAAUCUAGUCACAUUUUCUUAACGCUUUGGUCUGUAUUCCUGCUAAUUAUCAUCCCACUUGUGCCAGCCGGUUCGCAACUUUUUGCACCCACCUGGCGCUUUUCAAACAUUUUCUGCGGUCAAGAAGAAUCUUGGUGACUGACUGUCGAGGUGAUCAUUAAAUAACCGACUUCACCGCAUUUUAUCCAUCACAGAGGAAAAUUGCCGUCAGUUUGUGCCAUGUGGUAACACUUAAGGGUUGUGUGAAGCCAACCUUUGCAGUGGGACACUGAAGGAGGAGGAGAGAGGUGUGUUUCUCCUGUGUGCUGUUACUGCUGUUAAAGGAAUAUCCAAGCUCAGCCAAUUAGCAAGCAGAAAAGAGGAACAAAGACAAUAGACCCUGAUAUUCGAAGGAACUAACGAUGAUGUAAGACACCAAAGCAGGUGACUCUCCUCUGUGACGCCCCAGGAUGAACGGGUACGCAAACCCCACCUACCCCUCCGGCGGGUUCGGCUCCUACACCUCCCAGCUAAAUGGCCAUGGCUCGCAGUCUCCAGAGCCCCCGGAGCACAAAGCCAAGACCAGUGCUAAAGCCCUCUACGGAACGGACGGAAUAUACUUCCUCCGAACAUCUGCCAAGCAUAAAAAGAAAGGUCACUUUAAACUUUCCUCGGACAAAUGGAAUCACGUCUUUCCGCGGCGAGGAUCGAAGCAAAGGAAACACUACACCAAAACCAGUAUCAACAGCAUGACGGACACAUCCCAGUACCACGUGGAGCACCUCACCACGUUCGUGAUGGACCGCAAAGACGCCAUGAUCACCAUCGACGACGGCAUCAGGAAGCUCCGUCUGCUGGACGCCAAGGGCAAGGUGUGGACCCAGGACAUGCUGCUGCAGGUGGAGGAGAAGUCUGUCAGCCUCGUCGACCAGGAGACCAAGAAUGAGCUGGAAAACUUUCCCAUGGGGACCCUCCAGCACUGCCAGGCUGUUAUGAGUUCCUGCAGCUAUGACUCCAUCUUGGCUCUGGUGUGUAAGGAGUCAGGCCAGAGCAAACCCGACCUGCACCUCUUCCAGUGUGACGACAUCAAGGCAAACCUGAUCCAGGCCGACAUCGAAAGUGCCAUGCUUGACUUCAAGGGUGGCAAGGUCAAAAAGAGGCCGGAUGCACUUAAGAUGAUCCUGAAGAGUGAUGGGGUCAUCCCCCCUCCCCCUGCAGCCCCCGCCCCCGAGCCACCCGCCACCGUCACUCAGGUGGACGUGAAGAGCCGCGUGGCCGCGUGGUCAGCCUGGGCCAAUGAGCAGCAAGACUAUGACAAACAGAGGCAGUACUCAGAGCAGGACGAACCUCCAGAGAUGACGGCUGCUAGGGUGGACCGAGAUGUGCAAAUCCUGAACCAUAUCCUGGACGACAUCGAGUUCUUCGUCACCAAACUUCAGAAGGCGGCGGAGGCGUUUAACGAGCUGUCCAAGAGGAAGAAAUCGAAGAAGAGCAAAAAGAAGGGACCAGGAGAGGGCGUCCUAACACUGCGGGCGAAGCCUCCCACUCAGGACGAGUUUGUGGACUGUUUCCAGAAGUUCAAGCAUGCGUUCAACCUGCUGGGGAAGCUGAGAUCGCACAUCCAGAACCCCAGCGCUGUGGACCUGGUGCACUUCCUGUUCACGCCUCUGAGGAUGGUGGUGCAGACGUCGGGCGGCGUGGAGCUGGCGAAGAGCGUCCUGGUGCCGCUCCUGACCGCCGAGGCCAUCGACUUCCUGCACUCGGCCGGCACGGCGGAGGAGAGGCACCUGUGGGUGGCCCUGGGGGAGGGCUGGACCAAGUGCAGACUGGAGUGGCCGAAGGACCACUACUUCCCACCGUGCACGCUGCAGUUCCGGGACGGCUGGGAGCCCCCGAUGCUGGCCUACGUGGGCCAGCCCAGGGAGCACGAGCUGACCCAGCUGGCCGAGUCGCUGGCCCAUGCUGAGGUCCAGAGGCAGGAGGAGGUGGCACACAGGCUGGCCCAGGAGCAACCGGCAGUGCAGGACUUUCCCUCGACAGACGGGUACGCCUUCGGUAACACGGCCUACAAGCGCAUGCACCUGCUGGACCAGGAAAUGGCCGUGGCCGCCUUCAAACAGGCCGUCAGCCGUCACGUAGACCGGAACUAUGAUGCCCACACCAGAGGCCAGCCAAAAACCUUUGCCAAAUCCAAGUAUGACUUCGUGGCCAGAAACAACACUGAGCUCUCCGUGGUCAAGGACGAGGUCGUCGAGGUGCUGGACGACAGGAAGCAGUGGUGGAAGGUGCGCAACGGCUGCGGGGCGUCGGGCUACGUGCCAAACAACAUCCUGGAGAUCACCCGGGCGGUGGACAUGACGGGCCGCGGAGAGCCCAUCUACAGCCACACCAUCCAGCUAAUGAUGCCAAAGAAGGAGUUCGAGUUAUUCAAGCAAUUACUGGGAGAGUUGAAUGAGAAGCAGACCAGAACAGACCAUGUCACCAAGCCGGCAGCGACGCCCAUGCCCCCGGCCCCCGCGCCCCCCCCGCCGGCCCCAGCCCCGGCCCCUGCCCGCCUCCCGACCCCUCCCCUGCCCCCCCCAGCCGCCGAGCCCCCCCGGCCGGCCGCCAGCACCGUGAGCCGCCAGAACAGCAACACGUCCAGUGACAACGGCAGCGUCACCAUGAGGGACCACCCCAACCAGAGGCCCCCGCCCGGCAACCGCAGGAAAUCCAACAUGGAGGAGGUGCAGGACGAGCUGAUGCACAGGCUGACCCUGGGCCGCAGUGCCCAGAAGAAGUUCCAGGCGCCCCCCAGGAGCACCAGCCUGCCCCCGACGGUCAACAUCACCUACGACUCCUCGCCCGACGAGGUCAAAUCCUGGCUGGAACUCAAGGGCUUCAGCGCUGUCACCAUCAACAGUCUGGGAGUGUUGACAGGAGCCCAGCUGUUCUCCCUCAACAAGGAGGAGCUGAAGACCGUCUGCCCGGACGACGGCGCCCGCGUCUUCAGCCAGAUCACCGUGCAGAAGGCCGCUCUCGAGCGGAGCUCCGGUUCUGAGCUGCAGGAGAUCAUGAGGAGGCGGCAGGAGAAGUUGGCUGCCAACGCCUCCGACUCGGGGGUGGAGUCUUUUGACGAGAGCAGCAGCCACUGAGGCCUUCCCCUCAACCUCUGAGCCACUGAGCCCCUAAACCUCACCCCCGUCUCUGAUGCCGUUGCGUUGUUGUUUCCAGAGUGCAGCGGACCGGGCCGAGUUCGUCGAGAUCAUGCGCCGCCGACAGGAGAUUCUGCAGCAGUCUCCGUAGAAACAAACACGCACACAAUCAAACAAACAGUAAAACACACACAAUCGGACACACACACACACACAGGACUGCUGACAUAGACACUGGGGAUUCACAACAGGGAAACGUUCAGCCACGCGUGUCUGAAGGGAAUGUGAAUAGUUGUGGAACUGUACAUCUGAUCGGACUAUAUUGUCAUUUGACAGGAAUGAAUGAAAUUAAUAAUGGUGUAAUAUAGCAGCAAUGUUUUGAAAGGGUAAUCGCAAGCAUGGACUGUUGUCUCUUGUGUUAUUUGGCCACAGAUUAGUGCAGCACACUAAAAAGGAAAUGUGUCCGGUUUCUGAGAUCUUCUCAUAUAGAAGGGAAAUGGAGUCAACCAAAAUAAUGUUUGUUGAUCCAAUUUAAUAGUAUUUUAGAGAGAAUUGAUUAAUGUGAAUAACCAAUAUAAAUAUAAUUGUUGUGUACAUUUUCUGAUUUGCUGGCAAAGCAAAUAUAUUUAUAUACAUCAUCCUUUUUUAUUUAAUGUUAUGCCAAAAGAGUAACUUAAUAUAACUGACCAGACUGAAAUAGAGGCAACGCUAAUUUAACUUUUUGUCAUUCAUAAAAUACGUCAGAUAAGAUCACUUUAUAUCAUAUCACUAUGACUUUACAGAUACAUGCUACCAUUAAUCUCAUUUCAAAUAUUGUAUAUUUGAUUUAAUAUAGCACUAGCUUACACCUCACAUCAAAGCAGAGAAACCACUACCGAAGUCCUUUAAGGCUUUGACAGGUUACUUGUACGAGGCCGCAAGUCAUGAGAUGGGCCUAUACGCACAUUUGCACAGCAGCAGUAACCUUAUAUCACACAAGGACUAUAGAGGCAUAGUCAUAAUAAUCAGUUCUAAAGUCAUUAUCACAGUCGAGUAUUUUCCUAUAGUCAUCUAUGUUGGAGGAAGACAUGGAUGAGCUUGUUCAAUGGCUGUUACAGACAUGGCCAAAAUCAGUCUUCCUCACAGCAGCAGCCUACGUGUUUUCUGGGACGGGGGAGUCGUGGCAAGAGUGUACAGUCAUGCAUCAGAUAAAGCACACCUUUCUACUGUAGCAAGCCCCUUCAGUCUGGUAAAAAAAAAAAAAAAAGUUACAGGAGUAAUAGGAGGAGUGCUAGAAUUCCCCAAUUCUUUGUUUGACCAACUUGACAGAGUAAUAAGCAUGAUCUUGCAACAUGUGGAAGACCCAGGGCUGUUAUCCAUUUAGUUAUCUUUGUCACUAAAGAGUAAAGCUGAUAAACUAUGGUCCGUUUUCUUAUUCCUGGUGAACGUUAUGAACAAGGAGGACUAGUCCACACACGGUCACAAGAGGAACGGGGUGUAAUUUAGCACACGUAUAAUAUAUAUACUGUAUAUGCCUGCACAAGACAUGUAUCUUAACCAAUCGAUACAGUGUUGCUUAAUGUGUCACUUUUAUAUGGCUUCAGCUUUGCUCUGUGAUGUAGAUCUGUUUGUCCAGUUUACUCCAGGAGUAGAGGGGGGUGAAUGUGUCAGUUUAGGAAGGAAGUUUAUCCAGUGCAUUUCGGGACACUUCAAGACCCUUGGCACAUGUUCUAGUCCAAAUAUCGAUGACCCCCACCCCACCCGCCAGAACUAUCUAUGUGUAUGUCUGCAAUGCUAAACGCUAAGUUAUAUAGAAAGGUCGAUUGGCUAGUUGCCAUUUUAUUUAGCUAAUAUGAGAAAAUGAUUGGAAGUAGGAUUUAUUUUUGUGAAUUGUCCUCCUUUAACGAUGUGCAAUUGCAAAGCGUUGUUGGUGUCAAUCAAGGAAAUAGUAUGUGUUCUUUCAGGGGGGAUUAUUACAUUGUACAUUUCUAAUUGUAUGUCUAUAGUUCAUGGUGCCUUUUUCACUUAAAUCUGCUAAUUCUGCAAUAAAUCCUGUUCUAAAACUUG